GUAUAUUUGCUUUUCACAUUUGUUCAAAGUUAUGUUACAGUAAUUUACAAUAGUCAUGCUUUUGGCCCAUGCACUUUAAAAGGAUAUUUUCAUUGUGUUCAGGUAUGCAGGCUCAGAUUACUUGAGACUUUAAGUGAUGCAAAAUUAUGCUAAUAGACUGGAAUACAGUUUGUGUAACAUUUCACCAUGGACAAUUUAUCACUACAAACAGUACAUAGAUAUCCAUUUAGCUAGAUCAAAAAGUAUUUGAUACAUAUUGGAGUUUUAUCUCUUGUAAAAAGGCAAAACUAGAAAUGCAUUAUUUUUUAGAAAUAUAUUUUGCUGUUGAUGACAUUGUAUGAUAUGUUGAAUUUGAAAUCUCAGACCGAGCUCCGACACAUGGAACACAACGCCUGUAAGUGCCAUGGAUUUGGGAGAAAGGCAUAUUAUCAUGUAAACACUGGAAAUAAAAUGAACUUUAUGAAAACAUUGUCUGUCUGAAAACACUGUCAUACAUCUUAAUGACCUAAGGUUACAUUCCAGUUUAUUUAAAGCUGAGCCUCAGAACACAUGUUCUCAAACAUACCUAAAUCGCAGUUGUAUGCCAUCCACGGAGAAUGAGAAUUCGUUUGUACGCAAAUCCGAUGGAAAAAAAAAACAUCAUACCAUGUGUUCGACUGUGCACGCCCCUCGCUGUGACAGAAAGACGAUGUGCAAAGCUGCAUGCUGAGCCACAGUGGCUGCCUUGGUUGAGCUAGUGCUGUCACAUCUGUCACUAUGCGCCGAGAAAUUGAAAACUGAAGUAAUUGCGACCGAUUUGUUAGACAGCAUUUUUGACACGCAAACGAAUAGUUUUCUUGUUGGAGUUGUAUCCAAUGCAGUAUUCCACGUUGUGUUGAGGAAAUGAAGGCAGUUGUCCUCGUGACAAUUAUAUUUUGGUUAUUCAGCAAGUGUGCAGCUGACAAAAAGUACUGCUGGUACUUUGAAGGAGGUUAUCCCAUCUAUUUUAUAUGCAGGUCUUAUGAGGACUGCUGUGAUACCCAGUGCUGUGUGCGAGCCCUUUCCAUCCAGAAAAUCUGGUACUUCUGGCUGCUGUUACUGCUGGCCAUCUUGUUCUGUUGUGGAGUUGGCUACCUGUUCCGCAGACGCAUAUAUGCCUCGGCCAUUCCCGAUGAGGCCGCUUUCGACGUGUCCUUCACCAGACAUCCCGUCACAGCAACAGGCCAGUACCCAACCCGUGCUCACACAUCUAGAUGAUGCAUUGCAGAAAACAGAAUCAUUGGAUAUAUAUUCCUCAACAUCAGUGUGCUGUGUCAAACAUGUAGACCGUCUUGCUGAUUUCCUAAGCCUUGAACAAAACGACAGAGUAUUAAGAGUGAACAAAUCAGCUUGUGCACAGCUGGACCAGGAUUUGAGUCACUCUCUGAAUCAGUCGCCCUGCACUUCACCUUUCAGUUUCAAGUCACUUCAUUGACAUUCACGACUCCUUGUUCAUCCACAGUCCAGAGACUCCUUCUACCCCAGACUUCCAUUCAGCAUUCUAUUAAAGUCCACAUUUACUUCCACUCCACCCCUCACAAGUCCAUUACUUUUCCCUUUACACUUCACUGGUUAUGUUUUCAUUGCCUUCUGCCUCGGACCUAAUGUGUCGCAACUAACGUAGAAGAACCUCAAAAGACAUCCCAUUUCCCUUACAUUAGCGAUGGCAUACUGACAAUAAUGUGCAAAGCGCUGCACCCGUCUACGCUGCGUAUUAAAAGCAUGUUUUGCCAUACACAUGAUGUAUUGACUCUGUGAUGUUUUGUUGACGGUGCAUUUUUUUCUC